AUAUAACUCAGAUGUUCUUGAACGUCCAACCACAGUCGCUCACCGGCGGAAGGAGGUCCCUGUGCAGCACCCAAAGGCAUGCAGCAGCGCGCUAUGUUGGGAAUCGGAAAACAGGAUUUGGACAGCAACCAGAAAAGCGGCGCCAGCUAAGACCGUGUCAAGCGGAUGCAGAUGAGCAAGCAGGGUCGGGCGACAUUGAUGCGCUCGCACGCAUGCUCAGCGCUCAAGCUGCCAAACUGCGAGCAACAAUAGGCGAUGAAGAACUGAGGAAAAGCUAUCAUGGCUUUGAGGAGGCGAGGAGCAGCGGUGUCUUCGGCUUGCAGUCGCUGCAGCUGGAGGAGCGCGUGUUUCGAGAAAUUGGGCCCGGAUUCUUCGAUUCGGACGAUUUCGAGGUGUUGCAGCAGCUGGGGCGCAUCAGCGUCAUGCGGGACACGGGGGGUGCCGUGGAGGGCGCCACCGCGGUCAUCGCCUACGCGGCUCGCUUCCUGCCCCGGCUGCCCAUGCAGCGGCCCCUCACGGUGCUGCUCAAGGAGUACUUGCCGGUUGCUAAGGCGGUUGCCUACAACGAACUUCUGGUCAUGUCCAAGCUGUGCGGUCUUCCUGAGGACCAGUACACGGCCGCCAACACCCCGACCAGCCGCAGCCCCCCUGUCGUACCGCUGCUGGGCUACUUCACCUCCGCGCCCACCCAGGAAGCGGCGGCGCUGUCCAUGGAUGCGGAGGCCGACAGCGUGUGGCUGGUGUACCGCUGGGAGGGCAUGCAGCCGCUGCACAUGUACCUGCAGGAGGUCCGGCCGCCGGAGCCGCCGGCAGGGGCGCGGUUCUUCAAAAAGAGGGAGGUGGCGGAGGCGGAGGCGUGGCGCGCUCGUCACGCACUGCUACGCUCGCUAGCUCGGUCGCUGCUGGGAGCAGUGGCGUUCUGCCAUGGAGCCGGAGUGACCCACGGGUCUCUGUCGAGCGGCACAAUAUUCGUGAGCUCCACAGAGGAUGCCGACGCGGCGUCGCUGUUUGUGAAGCUGGACAACUUUGGGUUCGGGCGGUUAGAUCCCGCGGGUGGGCCCUUGGGUCUGUCCACGCCUCAACUGCCAGGGCAGGAUAUCGACAGCACCGCGCCGCGGGAGGGCCGCAGACACGACCUGCAGGCCAUCGCCUUGACCCUGCUGGAGGUCUUCUCAGCCGCCACCGCCACCUCCCCAGCCGGCUCGCUGCCCCGCACCACCCUCACACGCCUCCUCUUCGACAUCUACCAGGAUGACGUCGCGGCACUGCGGCAGUACUGCGCAGACGACCCCGCCCUGCAGCACAUGGUGGAGUUCCUGGAUGAGGCGGAGGGAGCGGGCUGGGACUUCCUGUCGCAGCUGCUGCGAGCGACCCGUGGGUCAGAGGAGCUGCUGCUGCAUCCCUUUCUGAGGGCUUGACAACGGGGGCUGUACGGUAACUAGGGAGCGCAAUAGUGUGCCGAUCACGUUGAUGAGGGACGGGUGUGGGGUGGUAGAAGUCGUGCAAAGAGCUGUGGAACCAGUGGUUGGCCGGCAGCAGCUACCCUGCACGCGCUGUAUCAUAAAAGUACCUAGCUGACCAAGAAGUAUGCGGAUGUAGUAGCUUUGGUCUAUACAUUAGUAAGUAGAGGACGUCGCAUGGUUGUUAAUGGUUCCUGGCUUUCUGCAUCUUCUUGUUACCGGUAUCGCCUAUGCCCUUACGUUUUGGAAGGAGGACGACACGUGUGGGUCGGUCUGGCUGUUAGGUUUAUGCGCGAGAAACGGGGGCGCAAGAAACGGGGGCAGGAAGGCGCGGCGUGAAGAGAUGUGAACGGAAAGUCACCAUACAUGCAUGGUGACGCAAUGUAACAUAACAUCAC